AUGUUGCAAAUGAUCCAUUCCGAAAAUGAUGAGCACCGAACGCGAGUCUCGGGAACCUCACAGCCAUUCACAGCUGCGGCUCAUACUUCCGAUGGUAAACGACAUCUCCUUCUGGCAGCUAGUGGGUCUGUCGCAACCAUCAAAAUUCCCAAUAUCCUAGCUGCUUUGUCGCCUUAUAUCGGUCUCUCCAUAUGUGUAAUCCUCACCAAAUCUGCCACCAAUUUUCUUCAAGGUCAAAACAUUGAACAACCACACAUUGAUACUUUCUAUCGAUAUCCCAAUGUACAAGGAGUAUUUUUGGACGAGGAAGAAUGGGUUCAUCCUUGGAAACGAGGCCAGAGUAUUUUGCAUAUUGAGUUGAGAAGAUGGGCGCACAUUCUUGUUAUUGCGCCAUUGAGUGCCAAUACCAUGGCGAAGAUUACAGGUGGAUUUAGUGAUAAUUUGCUUACCAGUGUGGUGAGAGCUUGGGACACUACUGGGGAAUUGGAUCCUCCUGCCGACGACGAGGAGCGUGUUUUCUGGGAUCAGAAGAGGAUUAUUGUGGCCCCGGCGAUGAACACUGCUAUGUGGAGACAUCCCGUCACGAAGAGCCAAAUUAAGAUAUUGGAGAAGGAAUGGGGUAUUCGCCCUGAUGAAGAUGAUAGUGAAGAUUAUGAUUAUGAUGGAUGGUUUGAAGUUCUAAGACCUCAGGAGAAGGAACUGGCUUGUGGGGAUAUUGGAGAUGGAGCUAUGAUAGAUUGGAAGGAGAUUGUGAAGCUUUUAUUUAAUACCUAUAUUCAAAGCGACUCUUGGAAGUUAGGCAUGAAAAAGAUGUUGUUUUACAAGAGCAAGUUGAAUUUUCAAAUGAGGUUGAACGUUGAAAGUCUGUCACUCCAUAAGGACAACUUCAAUGUUGAUGACGGAAAGGUUUUCACCUUUACAUCGCACAAUCCAGGAGCAGCAAUGACACGUCAAGCAAACCACCAGAAGGCUUCCCCUGGUAAUCAAAGUAAAGCGCAUGCAGCAAAAUCAAAAGUGUCAAAAUCAAAAGCUUCCAAAGAAUCCAAGGUUACAUCAACGCCAAAAGCUUCUCGAGAGCAAACGAAGAGAUGUGUUCUUGUCAAACCAAUUGCAAAGAAUGAGAUUCGAAAACUUCAACGACUCGAUAAACAUGCACGCUCAUUUCAGAUAUCAAAACAUGCUCACAUAGUUGAGUCAUCCCCUCAACCUGAUGAUCUUUCCUCUGCUUUUCAUGAAUCACUUGAAGGAGCAAGAACCCAUGUACUAAACACCGGAAAAGCAGCCUUUGACGAAGUUCACGAGGUUCUUAUCCAGAAAGUUGCCGAAAAUAAGGCAAAUGACCGUUCAUUCCUCGAGAAUAUCUCGCGCAAUGUAGCUGCCCUCAGCGUGCCCUUGGCCGAAGAGAAAAUUGAAACCACGGUGAAGCGUAAGAACCGACGAGUUCCCGAAGUAGUCGAGAUUGGCAAGCGCGUCGAUCAGUUCAGGCAGACAAUCGAGAGCGAAGAGAAUAAGCUAGAGGAUUAUUGGAAACAAUGGGAGAGCUUACAAAAUGAGUUUGUCAAAUUUGCUGCUCAAGUGUUUGGUGGUGAUGCUAUAAAGGAGAAAGAAGAGGAUGAGGGAUAUCGUGUUGACAUGCAGUUGUUAGAUGCCGAGCACACGACGCAGAUGAAUACGUUACUGGAAGAACUUGAUGAAGUAGGACAUGACGCCAUUAAGAUAAUGAAGGCUUCCGAGAAGGAAAUUGAUGUCAAGGCAGACAAAGUACGACAAAGAAUUGUGGGAGCAAUGAUGUGGUGA